AUGAGCGCGUCGAGGGAUCCGCUCGUGGUCGGGAGCGUCGUCGGCGACAUCGUCGACUACUUCCCGGCGACGGCGCUGCUCCGGGUGCUGUACGGCGGGCGCGAGAUGACCUGCGGUUCGGAGCUGAGGCCGUCGCAGGUGGCGAGCGAGCCGGCGGUGCACAUCACCGGAGGCCGCGACGGCAGGGCACUCUACACGCUCGUGAUGGUGGACCCUGACUCGCCUAGCCCAAGCAACCCCUCCAAAAGGGAGUACCUCCAUUGGUUGGUGACUGACAUACCAGAAGGAGCUGGAGCCGAUCGUGGACACGAGGUGGUGGCGUACGAGAGCCCGCGGCCGACGGCGGGGAUCCACCGGUUCGUGUUCAUCGUGUUCCGGCAGGUGGUGCGGCAGGCGAUCGACGCGCCGGGGUGGCGCGCCAACUUCAACACCAGGGACUUCGCCGCCUGCUACAGCCUCGGCGCCCCGGUCGCCGGCGCCUACUUCAACUGCCAGAGGGAGGGCGGCUGCGGUGGCCGGAGGUACCGGUGAUGAUCCAACUGGUGAUGGUGAUGGUCAAAUUAAGAGAGCACUUACCAUGCAACGCACGGUGGUACUCGUGUUAUAUUAUAGCUAGUGAAGGCAAAAAAUUAUGGGACACGUACAAUAAUGCAUGGAGUGUAUAGGCUCCUACAUAUGCCCCAGAUGUCUAGAAUAUAAUCUGGCCAUCUGCGAUGUGCAUGAUUGAUGAAGCUGCAGGUAGUAAGUACUCUAAUCUAU